AUGUCUUUCGCUGCACGGAACGCCCUGCGGCUCAGCCGGGCUGCCGCCCCUCGCGUUGCCAUUCCCCGAUCUACCGCUCGCCUCUUCUCUGCCACCCGUAUCAACGCCGUCUCUGACACCACACAGAAGAAGAGUGUUGUCCGCGAGAAGGAAAUUCCAGUUACUCUCUAUGGAGCUGGCCAGGGACAAGGGGACAAGCACACCGUCCAAGUCACCGAGGACGCCGCUCAAGUCCCCUAUGACAGCCCUGCUCCUCCUCCCGAGUACGACCUCGUACAGCCUUUGGGCAAGAAAGUCUACGAGGCCAUGCCUCACACCUUGCGCAACAUGAGCGUCUACGGCAAAGUUAUCAUCAUUACUGGUGGUGCUCGUGGACUUGGUAACCACAUGGCUCGUGCCUGUGCGGAAGCUGGUGCUAAGGCUAUUGUCAUUUUCGACGCUAAUCAGGAUCUCGGUGACGAGGCUGCUGCUGAGCUGCACGACAAGUCUGGUCUGCCCGUCUCCUUCUUCAAGGUUGACGUCCGUGACGGCGGUGCCAUCAACGCAGCCGUUGAAUCCGUUGUUGAGCUCUACGGUGCUCCUGACGUCCUCGUUAACUCUGCCGGUAUCGCUGAUUCCAACAUCAAGGCCGAAACUUACGACCCUGCCAUGUUCCGCCGCCUCAUCGACAUCAACCUCACGGGUUCUUUCCUCAUGUCACAGGCCGUCGGUCGUGCCAUGAUGGCCGCUGGCAAGCCCGGCAGCAUCGUUCUCGUUGCUUCCAUGUCUGGCUCCAUUGUCAACUAUCCCCAGGAGCAGAGCUGCUACAAUGCCUCCAAGGCUGGUGUUAUCCAGUUCGCCAAGUCGAUUGCCGCUGAGUGGGCCAAGUACAAGAUCCGUGUCAACUGCAUCUCCCCCGGUUACAUGGACACCGCUCUGAACCGCGUGCCCGCACUCGAAGCCCAAAAGAAGAUCUGGAAGUCCCUGACUCCCCAAGACCGUCUUGGUGGAGUCGACGAGCUCAACGGCCUCUGUGUCUUCCUCGCCUCCGACGCCUCCAGCUUCAUGACUGGCUCCAAUGUCAUCAUUGACGGUGGCUACUCCUGCUACUAA